CCAGCCUCGGCCACCCGCCUCCUUUUGCGCUGACUUGAUUGAUUUGAGAAGCAAUUGCAGAUUGACUGACUGAUUUGAGAAGAUUGAAUUGGUCUGAAGAAGAGUUGAAGUUGCUGAACGCACGCUGCUUGCUAUUAGAACGCAGGAAGAGCAAAUAAAGGGCGAGAAAAUAUGAGAGUCCAGGCACUUUUCCUGGCUGCUGCCUGCUUCGGCGGUGCGCUCGCCAAUCAGGCCAAAAUCGUCGAUGAGCCCAGCGGGCGUCAGCAGUGCUCGGGCAUGUACGCCCGCAGCGAUUGGGGCGGCAAGGUUGAUCCAUACAUCAAAGUCGACAUCCACCGCUCCGCGACAUCGACCUCCUCCGAAACAGGCACAGUCUCCGUCGUGGUCUUUGAGUGGACAGACGUCGACCUGAUCGGAAUCGACACCGGCGACUCCAAGAACCCCGUCGCCUACGUCUGCAGCGAAGACGCAGUCAAAAACAAGCUCUGCACACAGGACCACUUUGGCGAGUUCUUGCUCCGCGACGCGGGCGACGAUUCCACCGUCAGAUCAAUCGUCACGAAAGCGGUCGAGAUCCACGACGGCUUUGCGGAGCCCCUCACGUACCAGGUGCACCGCACCGGGUUCUACUGCGUGGGCACGUACGGCAUUACUACCGACGAUGGCGGGUAUGCGGGAACCGUCACCUUCCAGAACGCGUACGGCCAGCUGCCGGCGUCGCAGGUCGCCAAACUGCCCUUCUACGGAGGCAUGGCGAUCGCCUACGCGGUCAUGCUCGCGUACUGGAUGUUUCUCUACGUGCAGUACCGAUCCGACAUUCUGGCGGUGCAAAACUACAUCACCGCCUGCGCCGUCUUUCUCACGGUCGAGAUGAUUAUUGUCUGGGGCUACUACGACCUCAUCAACUCAAAGGGCUACACCCCGCUCUCGCGCGUGUACAUGGUCUUCAUCGCGAUCCUGAACGCGUUCCGCAACGCGUUCACCUUUUUCCUCCUGCUCAUCGUCUGCAUGGGCUACGGCGUCGUCAAACCCUCGCUCGGCAGCUCAAUGACAAAGUGCCGCAUCCUCGCGGGCCUGCACUUUGUCUUUGGCAUCGUCUACGCGAUCGCCAGCUUCCUCGUCACGCCCGACACCGCCGGCCCGCUCAUCUUGCUCGUCAUCAUGCCGCUCGCAGCCACAAUGACCGCUUUCUACCUCUGGAUCCUCUCCUCGCUCACCGCGACAAUCAAGGACCUCGUCGAGCGCAAGCAAAACGUCAAAGCGCUCAUGUACCGCCGUCUCUGGCGCUUACUCUUCGGCUCGAUCCUCGUCAUCUUUGCCUUCUUCUUUGUAAACUCGCUCAUCUUCGCGGACAGAAGCUCGGCGGACUUCGUCCCGCGCCACUGGAAGUCGCGGUGGUUCGUGCUCGAUGGAUGGUUGAAUGUGAUUUACUUCCUCGACUUUGUGCUGAUUGCCUUCCUGUGGCGGCCGACGCGGAACAAUCGCCGGUUCGCAAUGUCGGACGAGCUUUCGCAGGACGACGACGGUGGGUUUGAGAUUGCGAGUCUUGCGGGAUCGCUUGAUGAGGAGGCGGGGAUUCCCUCGCGAUAUGAUCCCGCGUCGACAAACAGUGGUUCGGGCGCGGGCGUCGGCCGCUACGACGGCGACAAUGAUAGUCUCGCGGGCUCGCUGCACGCAGGCACGACUAACCCCUACGGCGAUGACGGCGCGCACGGGUCCGUUGAAGUCGCGGCGGGGGACGGGCCGACGACGGAGACGAUGUUUGAGGCGCCGGACGAGGACUAUGAUCGGUGGUCGGAGGACGACGAUGAUUACGCGACGCGGUUGAAUGGGAGUAAGAAGGGAGAGGAUGAGUCUGAGUUGUUGGCGAAGAAGAAGGAGCCUGGGAAGGAUGAUUAGUUUAUUGUGCUUUGUGUUUGUGUUUAUGUGAUUUUAUGUGACUUGGUGGUGGAAAGGAUAGAUAACUAAGAGUCCUGAUGUAUGAUUCAGCUGUUCUAAGCGGAACAAGUGUAGUUUACAAUAAAAAUAAAGAUAGCCAGGAUACAAUAAGA